AGUCAGGUUUCAGAACGAAGGACUCUUUCCAGCCCUCCUGCUCUCUGAUCCACUUCUCAACAUCCUUCUGGUCCCAGCGACUUCCAGUUACCGCAACAAACGGAGCCGAGCGAAGAGGGCAGACAAGGCGCCGCCAAAGCCCCCAGGACCGACCGGCCCCCAGCCGCUCGGCAGCACCCCCAGUCCCGGGCGCUAGCCGCCAGGUUACAUAACGGGCCCGCGGCGCGCUCUCGCGAGGUUUCCACCGCCCCCUCCUCGCUCCACGUCAGAGGGAAGCGGGCGGAGCGGCCAACAUGGCGGAACGCAGGCGACACAAGAAGCGGAUCCAGGAAGUUGGUGAACCAUCUAAAGAAGAGAAGGCUGUAGCCAAAUAUCUUCGAUUCAACUGUCCAACGAAGUCCACCAAUAUGAUGGGUCACCGGGUUGAUUAUUUUAUUGCUUCAAAAGCAGUGGAUUGCCUUUUGGAUUCAAAGUGGGCAAAGGCCAAGAAAGGAGAGGAAGCUUUAUUUACAACAAGGGAGUCUGUGGUUGACUACUGCAACAGGCUCUUAAAGAAGCAGUUUUUUCACCGGGCACUGAAAGUAAUGAAAAUGAAGUAUGAUAAAGACAUAAAAAAAGAAAAAGAAAAAGGAAAAGCUGAAAGUGGAAAAGAAGAAGAUAAAAAGAGCAAGAAAGAAAAUCUAAAGGAUGAAAAGACGAAAAAGGAAAAAGAAAAAAAAAAAGACGGCGAAAAGGAAGAAUCCAAAAAGGAGGAAACUCCAGGAACUCCCAAAAAGAAGGAAACUAAGAAAAAAUUCAAGCUUGAGCCACAUGAUGAUCAAGUUUUUCUGGAUGGAAAUGAGGUAUUUGUGUGGAUCUAUGACCCAGUUCACUUUAAAACAUUUGUCAUGGGAUUAAUUCUUGUCAUUGCAGUGAUAGCAGCCACCCUCUUCCCUCUCUGGCCAGCAGAAAUGAGAGUGGGGGUUUAUUACCUCAGUGUGGGCGCAGGCUGUUUUGUAGCCAGCAUUCUUCUCCUUGCUGUUGCUCGUUGCAUUCUGUUUCUCAUCAUUUGGCUCAUAACUGGAGGAAGGCACCACUUUUGGUUCUUGCCAAAUCUGACUGCUGACGUGGGCUUCAUUGACUCCUUCAGGCCUCUGUACACACAUGAAUAUAAAGGACCAAAAGCAGACUUAAAGAGAGAUGAGAAAUCUGAAACCAAAAAGCAGCAGAAGUCUGACAGUGAGGAAAAGUCAGACAGUGAGAAAAAGGAAGAUGAGGAGGGAAAAGUAGGACCAGGAAAUCAAGGCACGGAAGGCUCAGGUGGAGAACGGCAUUCAGACACAGACAGUGACAGGAGGGAAGAUGACCGAUCCCAACACAGUAGUGGCAAUGGGAAUGAUUUUGAAAUGAUCACAAAAGAGGAACUGGAACAGCAAACAGAUGGGGAUUGUGAAGAGGAAGAGGAAGAAGAAGAAGAAGACAAUGAUGGAGAAACAACUCAAUCUUCACAGGAAAAAUCAUAAUCUGACUAAUUUGGAGACUAAAUAAGUGCAAGAGGUUGGAUUUUCUAUGUUGGCUGAUCAUCAUAAUGUACACAUGACUUUUGUGGCACUCUUUAAAUUCAUGUGCUGAAAUGUGUUUGACAUCCAAGCAGUUAUAUUCAGUCCUUCAUUUCAUAGAAUACUACUAUUGGUAUAGUCUAAAGCCAUUUAUAAGUUUUAUCUAUUUGAUAAUUUUACAGUAAGUAGGUCUCAUUCAUUUUGAUAGUUAUCAAAGAUGUACUUUCCACAAUGACAUUUAGAUUAAUGGCAUUUUUGAUAGUUGUAUGGCUUUUUACUGUUAGACUAAUCAAAAUAACUAAAAGGGAUAAAAAAGAAACACCAACAUUUCAGAUUAUGCGUAGUUAUGUAGCCAUUUCGCAGUUUCUUUAAGAUGAAAUUCUUAAACUCGUUCUGGAUAGUUAAGCUUUUGUUGAUUAUAAAAUUAUACCAGGAAAUUUUAAGAUUCUGAGUUAGCAGGAUUCAAAAGCAUUUUGUGGAAACAAGCCAACUGGUAAUCAGCAACAUUUUUAGUUUAGCUACAAAUUCUGCUUUUCCAACUUAGGAAAUCCAUACUGAUUUGUACAUCUCAUUCAGAGAAACACGGUCAUCUCCAACAGAGCAAGCAAGCAGACAGCACUGGUUGAAAGGUGAUGGCUCUUCUUCCUUCUUCCCAUUUCCUUGUCGUAAAGUAAAAUGUAUUCUGUACAUAAUUUACAAAUAAAUGUUUUAUUUUAAUUGUUACUUAUUAUUUAGACAUUUUCUCAACACUUAAAUUUGUAAAAUUGAGACCAUUUAAGAGUAUGUUUUUAGAGAAAUGGAAGUUUCAGUAACCCACAGAACAUCUGUGAUCUUUCUGCAGCAGCUUCAGUUUUGUGCCAACAUUCCAUGUAUUUGAAUAUGAGUUAAAACGAUCCUCAUUAAAUAAGAGCAGACUUAAAGUAGCUGUUUGUAUGCCUUAAUGUUCAUAUUGAUUUAUCUUAAAUCUCUACAGUCAGAAAUGGGGUCCUCUUUUAUCAGACCAGGAGGCACUGCUAUGAAAGAUAAUUUACUGUUCUCAAAUAUCAAUUUAAAAUAAAGAACAUAAAAGAAAACGUAAGAGAACCAUUGGACUCAUUGCUUUGAACUAGUUUUGCAGUUUGAUUUUAUGUCUUGCAAACCUUAGUUACAAAUCAUUUGGAAAAAUCUUGUGUUUACUUAUGAGCAUAGUCAUUCCUUGGAGUUAUACUCUUAUAAACUGAUAAUGAAUAUUAAAUUAUUUUCCUUCAGUCAUAGUGAGAGCAUUCUGCUUUGUAGUUGAAAUACGUGAUGUGUGUAGGUCUUUAUUUUUCUUUAGGCUGUUUGCCAUCUAAGUGUUUGACUAAAGAUGUGAAAUUUUUCUAGUUGUGAAGAAAUACAAUUUCUGUAUACUGACACAUUUUAUUAAACAUGGCUUGGUUGCUUCUUUAUAGUUUUCUUGUAAGUGGACAGAAAUGCGGCUAUUUGAUGUUAAUGCAACUCUUAUCAAGGCUGCAAUCAGUCAUUUUAAAAGUUUUCUCCUAGCACAUGUUCAUGGAUUUAAGUGCCUGGGUGUUGUCCUCUCACAUUUUCAGAGCUCUACUGCUUUAUUUCCACAGUAAGGGCAUGCAGAAUUAUAGCUUCUGAGCUGCUUAAUCACCAGUAGCAUUAAUACCUGUUUUGGGGUAUGAUAAUGGUACCAAAAGUGUUUUUCAGAAAUAAAAAUGAGUUAGCCUUUACUACUAUCAUAAUACCCAGGCACUCAAUAUUUAUCCUAAAGCUCUUUAUAAUAUAUGUACUAUGUCUAGUCUUAAAGACAUUUGGAGCAUGGCAAGAAAGUCAGUUUUUUAUUGAUGUUUGUGGAUUCAUACAGAAUGUUAGUACAAAUUUUUAUAAAUAUUUGGUGGUCACUGGGGGAAAUGUUAUUCUUACUAUGGUUAGAAAGUGAGUUAGAAAUUUCAGCUCAGUGUCUUUUACCAUUGAAGGUUGUAUACUUUAAACAAAUAUAAAAAUCAAAAAGCUGCCACUAUUGUAUCCCUCAGAAGAAUAGAUGGUUGUCUUUUUGGCUAACAUUAAAUAUUCUUAUGCCAGAGCAUGGAGAAUUGUUUACAUUAGUCAAUGGAAUGAUGAUUUUUUUAGAAAGAAACUUCAGGUUUGCUAUGCUACUGUAAGUAGAAGCAUGAAGCUUUUGGAUAAUGUAGGAUUUAUUGUGGAAUGGGUAUAAAUUGGCCUAACUAAGCAGGAUUGAAUUAACCAACUGAGUCCAGAUAAUAAGAAUAAUGCAUAUGUGAUUGUUUUUAAAGUCAAUGUAUUAAAUAGAUUGUUUUUCCUUUUCCCUCCCACUAGUUUCUUUAAUUUUCAAACUAUAUGGCCUUCUAGACUACUUUAAUUAAAAUAAUUUGAAUUUAGUCACAUAUUGUUCAGAAAGUAAUAAAUUUCAGUAUAUCACAU